AGUUCAAAGCGACGCUGGAAAACAAUAACAAAGAGGUAAGCCUGACUCUGACCAAACCACCCAGCAACAGGAAGAAUGGCUGAAAAAGCAGAAUCUACAUCAUCACAACUUCUGAUUCCUGUUCUUCUCUUGAUUGGAUGGAUUGUGGGCUGCAUCAUAAUGGUUUAUGUUGUCUUCUUUUAGAAAGCUACAGCAUGGGGUCUAAACUCCAGUGCCUGUGGGGUCCAGGUGAGAGAAGAGUGAAGCCGGUCGGGGAGAAGCUAAGGAUCUGGAAACGAAUGCCCCCUCUGAAGCAGAAAGCUGCUGCUCAUCUGGCGCAAGAUUUGGGAUUGUGAAAAUUUAAGACUCAUCUGAUCUGAUCUUCCAAUGUUUCAGGAGAUUCUGAAAACUUCUACUUUGUAAAUGUCAAAUAUAUGUAUUGAAAAUGC